AUUGCCGUCCCUGAUUCUCGUAUCGCAGGAGGGCGGAGAUUCGAUCCGUUCGCGCGUGAGCCUCGGGGGACGGGGUGGUUGCUCCGCUAACAUUUAUCCGAUAUAGGCGACGGCGGGAUAUUAUGCGGCGCGGGUACCGUCACCUAGACCGUUGAGGAUCGCUCUUCCGCUCUUCCCGUCGCAAUCGUCCACAAUGGCGCAUCUCGGCGUGUCCACGCGGCGCGUCCUGCUCCUCCUGUUCGUGCUGAGUCAGACGGGUCACGGCCACGAUGAGGAUGCGCAUACCCCCCUGUAUACCCACGACAAUUUUUCCGCAGAGGUCGGCAAGAGGAACCACUUUGUCAUGUUCUACGCGCCAUGGUGCGGUCAUUGCCAGAGACUCGGCCCCACGUGGGAGCAGCUGGCGGAGAUCUCCAACGAAGGGGACAAUGAUAUAAGAAUUGCUAAGGUGGACUGCACGACCGAGAGCGUUUUGUGCAGCGAGCAGGACGUUACUGGCUAUCCCACGCUCAAGUUUUACAAGGCUGGAGAAACCAAAGGUAUCAAGUUCCGAGGUACCCGGGAUUUACCUACAUUGACUUCUUUCAUUGUUGAUCAGUUAGGUAGUUCUUCUACGGUCGAGGACGUCGCGCCGUCUCCUCCGGAAGCUGUCAAUGGAUUGUUGGAAUUAACGGAAGAUACGUUCGAGAAGCACGUAUCUUCCGGGCAUCAUUUUGUCAAAUUUUAUGCACCCUGGUGCGGACACUGCCAAAAAUUAGCUCCAACAUGGGAUGAAUUAGCUAAUAGUCUUCGCAACGACGACGUAGUCAGUAUUUCCAAGAUAGACUGCACGCAACAUCGAAGCGUCUGCGGUCAAUUUGACAUUAAAGGAUACCCUACGUUGUUGUGGAUCGAAGAUGGGAAGAAGGUAGAUAAAUACACUGGCCAGCGUACUCACCAAGAGCUCAAGGCUUAUGUGUCGAUGAUGCUGGGUAAAAAUGCCGACGAGUCGAGUCGGAAGAGCGAAAAUACUGACGGAGUUCCGCAUGCUAUAUUGAGCCUGACAGCCGACAGUUUUAAGCAAGGUAUCGAGAAAGGUCUUUCCUUCGUCAAGUUCUUCGCACCUUGGUGUGGACAUUGCAAACGCCUGGCUCCCACAUGGGAGGAGCUGGGCAAGAAAUUCUUUGGCAACGACAACGUCAAUAUUGUUAAGGUCGAUUGUACGCUAGACGUAAGCAAACAAUUGUGCAAUCAACAGGAGGUGGAUGGUUUCCCGACGUUAUACUUGUAUCGUAACGGUCGCAAGGUCUCCGAGUACAAUGGCUCGCGUAAUCUCGAUGAUCUCUAUGACUUUGUGAUGAAUCACUUGAAAACGCACGACGAAUUGUAAUCCUAUCUGCCGUUAGAGCGUUUAAGGUCUCGUAAUAUUUCCAAUAGUAUUUUAAACAAUUGAUUUGUGUCGAUUUUUCCUCGUCGGAGGGAAGCAGAAGCGGGAGGUUUUUCAUUUUUAUACCUUACACAUCGAAAAGAACAAUGUGCUGUAUACAGAAUGUAAUCCCGUGUUAAGAAGAAACUAGUACUUCCAAAAUACAUUUAUUUAUUAUCUUA